CUUGGUGGUGUGAUAAAAGCGUCUUCUCUUGGUCGUGGUAGGGGAGACGAUGUUCUCCUUUCAUUUUCUAUAUUUUUUUCCUUUCUAUUCUUGUGAUUAUGCUGGAGAUGGGGCACGUAUGGGCAUGGACUUGUGGGACACAUGCAGGCAUGGACUUGGGGUACAUAUGGAGUGUUGAUACUAGGGGGUGGAUAUAUCAAUGGUUCGAUCGGCUCUUGUUCCUACUAUUGAUUGACCGCUGCUCGGUGCAUGUCCGCUGUCAUUGUUCGCUCGUCUGGCGGUUGGGUCUGAACACGUCCCUUGGAGGGCGAUCUCUCGUUCGAAUCGUUAUUUGCAGCGUUGCACGGACUGCAGCACACAAAGCACUACAGGGCCGUCGUCCCCCACAGUUCCAUCUCCCUCUACACCUUGCGUCAGACAACGGAGAAUGCCGCGGGUGCGCUCAUUUGCGCGGCGGCUGCAGUCAUCCGGCGGGUGUGCGACGCGCGCGCACGAGAUCAAAAGGCGCUGCACGGCGGCACUCGCAGCCCCUUGCGUAUCCCUCGAGUCGGCGACGGCAAGGGAAGGGCGUUUGUUCGGCGCCAGCAUCCGAGCCAUACACGAUCCGUUGAUCGUCAACGGACCGCACAGACGGACCUGGCUGUACUUUUAGCUGACUCUUUCCUCGUUGGGAGCGUGCGCCACAUGUGCUGGUCGGUCGACGAUUAGGUAACGGAUGGU